GUCAAGGCGGGGUGGUGAAAGUGUGAUUCUGCUAAGAAUAAGGUUGGUGUCGAUGCUCUUCAGAUGGGAUGAAACUUAACCAAGAACUCCUAUCAUGUGGCUGUCUUGCUACAAGGAACCUUAUUUCUCUUCCGUUUGAAGACUUGGCCUUCUUUUCUGGGGUUAAAGUCUCUGCAUUUACUUCGGGUCCUGAUAUCCUUUCCUCCUCCUCCACCUCUUUGUCCCAUCAGUGGUCUCCUUGUCUCCUUGCACAAUGGAUUUUUAAACCAUUGUUUUCCUUGAUUUCACCAUGGUGAGCUUCAUGGCCCCUUCCUUUAACUCCAGUCCAUUUGGGUUCUCUGUAACUAGACUGCAUCUGUCCUUUCCCAAAGAUGUGCUUACGAGCCUCUCCCAUCUGUGUGGACACGUCCACUUUCUGUGGCAACAAUUGUCAUCUCUGUGAACAACUCCUAAAUGUACUUAUUUAUCCAACACCCAUGAAUUUGGCACCUCCUAUGAACUGUUGUAGAUGCUGGGGAUACAGCAGUUAACGAGACAAUGUCUGCAGCUUUAGGAAACUUUCAUUCAUAGCAGGGAAGCACAAACAAUGUAGGUUCUAGGACGAGGAGCACUUGCACUCAAAUAAAGCAGAGGAAGGGGGUGAUGGGGUUGCAGGGAAGUGGCUAUUUUGAGCAGGGGACAUGCCGGUGGAAGCCAAAUGGUGAGGAGGAGCGAGCCAGGUGGAGGUCCGCAGCGUGUUCCGGACCUUUACCCCUGCCCUGUCCUCUCUCAUACUGCACCUGGAAUCUCUAUGGAGCCCUCGAGGCUUCCAGCGAAAUGUCCUGCUGUCUCUGAAGUUUUACACAUCUCCUUUCCCGCUGCCACCUCCCUCCCGGAACACCCCCGCAGACACUAGCCCUCCAGGCCCUGCCAGCCCCCAUGUCUCCCUCUCUGACCCCCACACCUGGCUCCCCAGCAGCCCUGCUGACGUUCUCUUCACAUGUCUGUUUUGUGUCUGCCUCUGCCAUUCCCAGUGUGACCGCCCGAGCUCCAGCCCUGCCUUAGGCAGGAGGACAGGUGCCGUGCAGCCGAGAAACCAAUUACAGAAACAUCAGGCCUCUUGCAGUCUCCAAGGCACCAUGAACGCCAUUGUUGCUCUCUGUCACUUCUGCGAGCUCCAUGGCCCUCGUACUCUCUUCUGCACGGAGGUGCUCCAUGCCCCACUUCCCCACGGGGCUGAGGAUGGGGAUAGCCCUGGCCAGGGUGAACAGGCCGAGGAGGAGGAAGGCGGCAUUCAGAUGAGCAGCCGGAUCCGUGCACACAGCCCAGCAGAAGGGGCCAGCACCGAAUCCAGCAGCCCUGGGCCCAAAAAGUCAGACAUGUGCGAGGGCUGCCGGUCACUGGCUGCAGGACACCCAGGAUACAUCAGCCACGAUAAAGAGACCUCCAUCAAGUAUGUCAGUCACCAGCACCCCGACCACCCCCAGCUGUUCAGCAUUGUCCGCCAGGCCUGCGUCCGGAGCCUGAGCUGUGAGGUCUGCCCUGGCCGUGAGGGGCCCAUCUUCUUUGGAGACGAGCAGCAUGGCUUUGUGUUCAGCCACACUUUCUUCAUCAAAGACAGCCUUGCCAGGGGCUUCCAGCGCUGGUACAGCAUCAUCACCAUCAUGAUGGACCGGAUCUACCUCAUCAACUCCUGGCCCUUCCUGCUGGGGAAGGUCCGAGGCAUCAUCGAUGAGCUCCAGGGCAAGGCACUGAAGGUGUUCGAGGCAGAGCAGUUCGGGUGCCCCCAGCGCGCUCAGAGGAUGAACACGGCCUUCACGCCGUUCCUGCACCAGAGGAAUGGCAACGCUGCGCGCUCGCUGACGUCGCUCACCAGCGACGACAACCUGUGGGCGUGCCUCCACACCUCCUUUGCUUGGCUCCUGAAAGCAUGUGGCAGCCGACUGACCGAGAAGCUCCUGGAGGGCGCACCGACUGAAGACACCUUGGUCCAAAUGGAGAAGCUCGCUGACUUAGAAGAGGAAUCAGAAAGCUGGGACAACUCUGAGGCUGAAGAAGAGGAGAAAGCUGCUGCGUUGCCAGAGGGUGCAGAAGGGCGGGAGCUGAGCCAGUGCCCGGCAGGGUCCUCCUCACUGUCAGGCCUUGGGGGCUGGCAGCCCCGAAAGCCGCCAGUCUUCAAGUCCCUUCGGCACAUGCGGCAGGUGCUGGGUGCCCCAUCUUUUCGCAUGUUGGCCUGGCAUGUUCUCAUGGGGAAUCAGGUGAUCUGGAAGAGCAGAGACAUGGACCUUGUCCAGUCAGCUUUCGAAGUUCUUCGGACCAUGCUGCCCGUGGGCUGUGUGCGCACCAUCCCAUACAGCAGCCAGUACGAAGAGGCCUAUCGGUGCAACUUCCUGGGGCUCAGCCCACACGUGCAGAUCCCCGCCCAUGUGCUGUCCUCAGAAUUUGCCGUCAUCGUGGAGGUCCAUGCAGCCGCCCGCUCCACCCUCCACCCAGUCAGGUGUGAGGACGAGCAGCCUCUGAGCCAGUAUGAGUUCGUGGUGACCAGCGGGAGCCCCGUUGCCGCAGACCGAGUCGGCCCCACCAUCCUGAACAAGAUCGAGGCGGCUCUGACCAACCAAAAUCUGUCUGUGGACGUGGUGGACCAGUGCCUCGUCUGCCUCAAGGAGGAGUGGAUGAACAAGGUGAAGGUCCUUUUCAAAUUCACCAAGGUGGACAGUCGGCCCAAAGAGGACACACAGAAGCUCCUGAGUAUCCUUGGUGCAUCUGAGGAAGACAACGUCAAGCUGCUGAAGUUCUGGAUGACAGGCCUGAGCAAGACCUACAAGUCACACCUCAUGUCCACUGUCCGCAGCCCCACGGCCUCGGAGUCACGGAACUGACCCACGCACCGCACACAUCUUCUGGAAGUGGUGAUGGCAGCCCAUAGGCUGUCCCCAGCUCUGUAGGAGGAGGAGCUGUCCUUUGAGUUUCUGAGCUGCCAGGAUGGAGCAGCGUCCUUCCUAAGAAUGGGUACUGUUGGGGUCGGCUCUGCCCUCUGGACCUGGGGCCAGGGCUGUUCUCAGCAGCCUCCCACAAGCUGUGGGAGUCGCCCCAGCCUGAGGAAGGCAGUAGGAGGUGUAGGAACAACAGGGUCCCUCUGCGUCUGCGCGCCUGGGAGAGAAGUCCACAAGGAGAACUGGCACCUCAGGCCUCUCUCAGACUCAGAUGUCAAAACCCAUAGGAGAAACGGGUUGGGACAGUCCAACUGGGUAUUUUAGCUGCAAUAACAUAUCCUCUCUCCAGGUGAAUAUUCGAACCUUUCCCAUUCUGAAAUUAGCAAGAGUCUUCUGGGUUUUGUGUAUGAGUGCACGUUUUGCUACGAUUGUGAAUAUUCAGGACAAAUGCCAAUCUUUAGUCAUUUCUAGUCAUCUGGUUCCAAGUCAAGGCUCUGCGUGUAAGGCUUUUGAGGGUGAAGUGGAUCUUUUCCUCAUCUUCAGGUCCUCUGAAAUUCUUGUUCUGAAGGCAUGGGACUUGUCUUCUGAGGUGUCCCCUGCCAUCGCUGGUGACAUUAACCUGUACCUGGUCAGUGGAUCCCCUGAUCAUUUUUAUUCAACGAUGAUACUUUGCUGAAGUGUCAGAUCAAGCUGUCUGACUUGCCCAAUUCACUGUCUAUGGUGAGACCUGUAGUUUUAUUCUCUAUCACUUUUGCUUUUAUUGCUGCUUUCAACAUUUACA